UUUACAAUGGUUUACUACUACCAAUAAAAAAACCCCGUUAAAAACAUUUUGUGCUCAGCCAGGAAAUAGUUUCUGGUAGUUGAGUUACUACUAUAAGUUGCGAGCAUCAAGCUAUCAAUGCUACAGCUAUAGACAUACGUAGACGCCGACUUAGUGAGCGAGUCGGCCAGUUCCUAUGAUACGUCACGUCUGCCAGUCAGACUCGUAAUGCACGCAGAAGCAAAAAGUAUUGUAAAGACGCUGACGCUGACGUGUUUCAGUGUGUUUACCACUCACGUCUGCCUGAACAAUGUCGGGAGGAUAAAUACGGGAAGUAAAAAAAAAAGUAUCCAACGUGGUGCAUGUGUUAUCAGACAGAAUGGAUCACGACAUUCCUGAUUAUAUGACCUGCCAAAAUCCUCUGGUCUGUAAUGCUCUUUCUUUCUAACAGCGAUUUCUUAUUAGCUCUCGCAUUAAAUAAAACUAUACAGAAUGAAAAAUGUUAGCUAUACUAAGAAAAUAAAAAUCAGAGUAGUUACUUCUGGCCAAUAUAAUUACAUGGGAAAUAUUUAUUGGCUCAGAAGCUGUCGUUUGGCCACAAAGUCAAGAAAUUCUGUUCAUAAAAUUGUGUUCUUUCUUUCUUACCUGUGAAAGGUAAUGCUAAUGGAGCCAGCUUGUACUAUAAAAUGAGUGAAAAAACUCCACACAAGUUCCCCACUGACAUUUGCUAUUUUUACUAAUUCUUUUCUAAACAUUUUCUAUGAAACGGCAACACUUUGUUAGAGGUUCCGUUUCCCCUAGGAAAGGGCAUGAACUUGUGACAAUUUAAUCUGUUACUCUUUUUGCUUUAUUAUGUUUUCCAUGAAAUGUUUAAUUUAUUUAAAUUCUUAUGUGUUUAGCUUUGUCAUUUUCUUUUAUGUUUUCUUUUAUCUUAUCGCUGAUGUUUAGCACUUUAUUUCAGCUCUGGCUGCUGUUAAAGUGCUUUAUAAAUAAAGUCGAUAAUGAUCAUGAACAAAAACAGGUUAGUCGGUCCAGUAGCUGAGAAGUUUGAAUGCUGAACAUACAGCCACAGUCUGUUUCCCCUGACCUACACACUGGAAGUGGGGAUCUAUUAACACUAAGUAAUAGGAAGUGAUACUUGGCAUAACAUGACUGGCUUGUUUUUUUUCCUAGGGUCAGUUGAGAAUGAAAAGACAGGGAGGCAGGAUAGACAGCUUCUUUAUAAAAAGAAGCAAAUCAGGCACAGAUCAAACAGGGUUCAGCUCUGACAUCAGCAGUCCUGGUAGCUCAUGUCCUGAGAACAGUCACGAGAAAGAAAGUCUGGCAAACACCAAUCCACCAUCACCAGUUCCAUCAAAGGAGGAGUCUGAAAACACAGAAAGCUCUGCGCCUGACCAGGAUGAUGAUGAGCCAGAAGGGGCAAUUGCAGGAGAUACCACUGAUCUCUUCUCAGCAGUGUCCAGCACUCCUUUUGCUUUUCCAAAAGGACCCAGUGAUAUUUCAAAGUCAAAAGAACAGGGCCCUGUUCAGCCAAGUUUGACAAACUUCCCCAGAACUCAGCAUGGAACAAGAAAGAGAACUUUUCACAGCUCCUGGUACAAAGACUAUUCUUGGUUAGAAUAUUCUGUUAUUAAAGACUCCUCCUACUGCUUUGCCUGUAGGCAUUUUUCUUUGCCUAAUGCACCAGAUAGUGUCUUUGCUUCGCAUUCCGGCUUCAGUAAUUGGAAAAAGGCAUUGUCCAAGGAGUCUGGAUUUAAGCUUCACUCAAAGUUAGAGCACCAUGUAAAUGCAAUGUAUGCAUGGAGUCAAUAUAAAAGGGCUAAUGAGGGAAAUACAACCAUGCUAAAUUCUAUAAACACAAACCGGAAAAAAGUGGUGGAAGAAAACCGUUAUUAUAUUAAAACAAUAGCCGAUGUUCUUCUUUUGACUGCAACACAAAAUAUUGCUCAAAGGGGUCAUCGAGAGUCUGGGGACUCUAGAAAUAAGGGAAACUUUUUGGCUAUAUUGGAUGAAAUAGCAAAGCAUGAUCAGUUAGUUAAUUGAAAAAAAGCUUAGAGGAUGUGCCAAUGCAAAAUACACAAGUCAUCAAAUCCAAAAUGAAAUUCUUCAGGGCUUAGCAGAGAUGGUACAGACUGAAAUCAUAAAAGAAGUGAAGGAAUGUGAAGUGUUCAGUGUUAUUGCAGAUGAAACAAAAGACUUGCAAAAAAAGGAACAAAUGUCUUUGGUUGUACGAUAUUAUUACAAUGGUGUCAUCCACGAAAGCUUCCUAUGUUUCCAGGCAGCUGAAAGCCUUAAUGCAGCAGGUCUUAGUGCAAUGAUCAUUAGCUGUCUUGAGAAACAUGGUCUGGACUACAGGAAUAACCUAGUGGGACAGGGUUAUGACGGUGCAUCCGUCAUGAGUGGGAAGCAUUCUGGUGUAUCUGCCAGAAUUCAGAGCAAUGCCAGAUUUGCAUUUUAUGUUCAUUGUAACGCACAUUGCUUGAAUUUAGUCCUUGUUGAUGCUACCAAAGCAGUCCCUGAGGUCGUUGACUUUUUUGCACUUCUACAGCAGCUUCAUAACUUUGUGUCUGGCUCUUAUGUUCAUCUGAGGUGGCUUGACGUACAGAAAGAGUUGUAUCCAGCAGAACAACCCAGGGAGCUCCAGGCACUUUCAGAUACGAGGUGGGCCUGCAGGUAUACGGCAUGCCGUACCAUGAGAGACAGACUUCCAGCAGUUCUGAGAUUGUUGCAGGAUAUUGCACUUGAAAGAAAUGGCGAAAGAACAGUGGAGGCAAGGGGCCUGCUUCUUCAAAUAGAUAUCCAAUUUUUAGGUCUUUUGGUUACCUUUUGUAAAGUGCUUGGUGAUGCCAAAUGUCUUUCCGACAUGCUUCAGUCCAGCACUCUUGACUUAGCAAGAGCUGUAGAUCUAGUAGGUGCUCUUAUAGACACUUUCCAGGACUACAGAAAUGAAAAGUACUUUGAUGAACUAUGGAAAGAGGUUGAGGAACUUGCUGAGAAGAGCAAAAUCAGUGUAAAAAUUGACAGAAGAAAUCCAAGAUUAAGUUCAAAAUUUCUUGACUCACUUGUAAUGAGCACUAUAGGACAGAGAAAAUGUGAUGACGAGGGCUUCCCCAGACCACUCUUUAAUCAGGUGCUUGACUGUCUCAUAGCGGAGUUAAAGAGGCGUUUUUCAAAGAAAAAUUGUGAGAUCAUGCAAGGAGUGCAGUCCCUAAACCCCAAAAGUGCAACUUUCUUGAAUGAGGAGCCUCUGAUUGCUUUUGGACAUAUCUUUGAGUCAGAUUUAGAUGACCUGAAACAUGAAGUGCACCAAAUAAGGCGUUUGCUUGAUCAGAGAAUAAAGAGUGAUUUAGGCACACCUUCUACUUUGCUUGAUUUUAUUCUGUUUCUUGAACCUUAUAAAGAGGUUUUACAUGAAUUAUUCAGACUUUGCAAGAUUGCAGUAGUUAGUCCAGUUAGUACUGCUUCUUGUGAGAGAAGCUUUUCUGCUUUAAAAUUAAUUAAAAGUUACCUAAGGACAACAAUGGCUGAUGCCAGGCUAAGUCACAUUGGAACACUUAGCAUAGAGUCAAGGAGGGCACGGGGCCUCAACAUGGAUGACUUUGUAACAUAUUUUGCUUCAUCUCACAACAACCGAAGGAUUUUACUUUUAUGAGUGCAUGAAGAAGUCUUGUGUUUCUCGUCAUGAUUUGGGUCUUCACCGACUGGUACUUGUACCAAUGAUAGUUUAGGAGUCAGUACAUUUGGUCAUAGCUGCAUUAAGUUCGAAAAUAAAAUGUACAUGUAGCAUCUAUUAAAUAACAGUUUCCAUAACAUACAACCUUCUUUUUUGAGAUAUUGUAAUUGUGAACUGUGUGACACUGCAUUCUCAUUGUAAGUCUUGUCUUGUUACAAUGGUGUCAUUUAGAGGUUAAUGUCCACUUAUGCUUUGUGUGGCAUGCAUUGAUAAUAAACUGCAAAUUACAUGAGCAAA